AUGAAACCAUCAGGACCACUUUCAGGUGAUAAAGAUGAACGUGCAACCAUUACCUCUAAGGUGAUUCAACUUCAUUUAAUAUUAUCGGAUAUUUUAUAUUAUGGAAUUACUGAUGAAAAUAUUAUGUUUCUUAUUAUUGACCUUUUUCAGAAUAAGUUUAGAUUUGUAGAAGAUAAAUACAAUUAUGGGAGUAUAUUUAUAAUGUUAAAUAUACUCAGCGUAAGAUUACUUAAUUGUCCAGAAUCAUUGUUUCAAGCUGUUACUAUAUUAAAAGAUUAUUAUAGAGGUUCUAUUCCUUAUGUAUCUCUUGACCAAAUGAGCUCUUCAGAAAAAGAACAUUAUUGUGAACGUUAUUUAGAUGGUUUUGGAUAUCAAUAUAUAGAACAAUGGAUUUUGGAUAAUUCUAAACCAACAUUUAGUUAUUCUAUUUCUUUAUUACAUCAAAUAUUAGAUGAUAGAAAUCAUCACUAUAACAUUUAUACAAUUAUGUAUACAUUUAUGACUCCAGAAUUCUCCAAACAUAAAACGUUUGUUGAUCUAUUUGAAGAAAUUUUUUUGAGGAUUAAUAAUAAAACCAAUUUAAGUUUGUCAUGA